CCUGGGAAUCCCGGGGACCCGCCACACGCCGCCUGGAACCCGCAGUCGGUGCCCACGCCUCCGCCUGGUGCCCACCCACAGCUCCAGCCCGCGGGGAGCCCGGUGCUCGCCAUGUCCGUGACGCUCAGCAACAGGUUCCAAGGAGGGAAGGCUUUCGGCUUGCUCAAAGCGCGCCAGGACCGGCGGCUGGCGGAGAUCAACAGGGAGUUUCUCUGUGACCAGAAGUACAGCGAUGAGGAAGACCUUCCAGAGAAGCUUGAGGCUUUCAAAGAGAAGUACAUGGAAUUUGACCUGAACAACGAGGGCGAGAUUGACCUCAUGUCUUUGAAAAGGAUGAUGGAGAAGCUGGGGGUCCCCAGGACACACCUGGAGAUGAAAAAGAUGAUCUCAGAGGUGACCGGCGGCAGCAGCGACACCAUCUCCUACCGGGACUUUGUGAACAUGAUGCUGGGGAAACGAUCUGCAGUCCUCAAGCUAGUCAUGAUGUUCGAAGGCAAAGGCAACGACAGUGAUCCCAAGCCGACUGGGCCCCCUCCUGAGAGAGAUAUUGCCAGCCUACCUUGAGGACCCUGCCUGGACCUGCCUCUACCCCUGCCCCUGCCUGCCCCUGCCCAACCCUCCUUCUCCACAUUGGUCCCACUGCCUCAUUGCUCAUCAUGUCUCCUUGUCUGAUUGGUUCUUUGUGGCCGCUGUGACUUUGGUCUUCCGGGUAAAGUCAGUGAUGCUUUGCAAAGCACAAAUUCUCUCUGCCUUAGAGGGAAGUCUGGGGGUCCUCCCUUCCCUCAUUUUUUCUUUGCCUCUUCCCUAUGAAAAAGGGUUAUAGCAAACCAAGACACCAGAGAACCAUGGUCCAGUUGGUUGGGGUUGGGAACCUGUUUGGAGCCAACCCUGCCUGUUUCUUCCUGACAGCUCUCUUCAACCUGAGCCUGCUGGCCUUGCUCCAGAACUCGUUUCUAGAAGGCACCAGAGAAGGGACUGGCUAUGGAAGUUGCCUUAGCAUUUUCUCAGAUAGCUGUGUUCUGGAGCUCUGGGACUGUCCAGGGGACCGCCACUCAGUCCCCAGCUGGUCACCUUCAGACCAUGCCUCCUCUUAUUCAGCUGACUGAGAAGGGGGUGACAGGGAUGUGGCUGCUUGAGCUAUUUGAGAAAGUUCCAGAAAAGUCCUCUGGCCAUACCUUUCCAGGCUUCCCCACCCACUUCCUGAGAAAGUUUCGGAAGCUUUGUAAGUGUUGGGGGACAAUGAGAGGUUUAGGGAAGAGCAUCUGUUCUGCCUAAUGCUCCCCUUCUUCAGGGGGUGCUGAGGACAAGGCAGGAACAAUAUGGUCUGUGGCCAAUUACACUGGAACAUUAGGCCUGGAGCAGGGAACAGGCAGUUUUUUUUCUGAACUUGGUCUUCCUGACUUGACCUCAUGGUGUCCCCUUCACAUUCUCCAUCACUAACUCAUUCAUUCAUUCACUCUCUCCUGUUUCUCUAGAUUAACUCUCAGUACUUUUUUUUGUUU